AUGCGCCGGCUGCGCGGCUCAGGGCCCCGGGCCCGCGGCUCCAGAUGCGGCUCCAGCUCCGGGCAGGGCUCCCGGCGCGGCCGGGCCAGGGCGGGCGCGGGCUCCAGCGCGGCCGGCCGGGCGGUUCCAGAUGCGCGCCAGAUGCGGCCUCCGCAGCGACGGCGGCCGGACCGCCCCCCGGAUGUGGGCGCCGAGGCGAGGGACUGGACUCGGGGCCGCGGUGGAGGCCGCGAAGGCUGCGUGAGGUGGCGAGGGUCGCGGGUCCCAGCUCCGCGGCUGUCAGAGUCGGUGUGGAGGCUCCGCGGCAGCGGCGCGCAGAGGACUCUCGGCCGGCACUGCCCCUCUGCGGCGGGCCCCGCCCACUGCAGACAUGGACCCCGCCCCUGCCCUCGCCCCGCCCACCCCGCCUCCCUCUGCGGCGCUCCCCGAGACCGAGGCCCCGCCCCCGAGGCCCGCAGCGCCGGGCCCCGCCCAGGAGGCGGUGGCUCCGCCCACCCCCGCUCUAGGCUGCUUUCUGGGCUGGGUGGACCGGCUGUCUGCAGCUCUGGCUCCGCCUGGCUCCCGGCUGGACCACGCCCUCUCCCGCGCCGAGUCCCGCCGCCCGGCCCGGCUCCGAUUCUUUGCCUGGGGACACGGACCGCAGAGCUGCACCAGGCCCGCGAGAAGAUCGCUGAGACCAGAGGAGCAACGAGCCAUCCCCAAAAGCGCCUGCUGUAACCGGCAAUCCUACCCUGCUGGGCUCCUGUGCAUUUUCCCACUUGAUCCUCUCCAUAAACCUCAGAGGGGAGGUGGCCCACACCUUUGAACGCCUGUGGCUUGCACUGUGUACCAGACAUGUGGCAUGUUCCAGAUUCUUCCAGCUGCAUUUUUUGAAUUGCAAUUUAAUUUUGUCUCACUAA